UGCCCCUUCACAGCUUCACUUCAGACUUCAGUCGUUUGCAGCCCUACCACUACCAGUUCGCAGUCGCCUCUCAGCGCCGCUCUUCUGCGACUCUGCUGACUGCUUCGACUUCUCACUUCGCCUCUCCAUGUCUCGUCAUCCGUAGCCCGUAGGAGCCCAGCGGAAGCGCAGACGCAGGCGCGCAGUCCCUCAGCCACGCGAUUGAGGUGACCUAAAGCCUAAAGGGCAGUAUCAAAGUGCCUAGGGGUGAACCUGAUCCAAGCACCAUAUUUCAUGCAGUUGCUUCAUAAACAUGGCCGGCUGGGUUAUGCCUUCUGAGUUCUGAAACAUCUUCUUUGUGGGGCUAUUAUCAGAACCUGGAAAUUCACUAAUUGCUGGUUGCAUGGUAACAAGAAAUAUUGCGAACAAAUUUGAUACAGCAGCUUUGAAUCAUUCAUGAUUUUGGGUGAUUGAUUGAUAGUAAUUAAGACCUUUUUAAGCGGUAAUAUGUUCAUAUUUAAUUAUAUUUUUGCAUUUUCAAAAUAAUUAGGUUUAAGGAAUUUGUUUUAUAUUUAGAUAAAACUAUAUGAUGAUGCAUGUUUAUUUUUGUUUGUUAUGAGCCAAGCCCGAGCUUGAGCCCAAGUGAGCCCGAGCCAAUAAUUUUAGUCUUGAGCUGAGCUUGAGUCUUACUUCCUGACUUCUAACUGAGCCGAGCCCCAGCCUAGCGCUGAUUCUACUGAGCUGAGCCUGAACAUGUUGAAGCUCGGCUUGGCUCGGUUCUGCUCGUUUGCAGCCCUAGCCAGCCACGACCUUCCUAGCUCUGCCGCCUCUGCACCUCUGCGGCUCUACCUCUAUCUUCUUCUAACUUUCCAGCUUCAACUCGUCAAUGAAUUGGCUUCAAGGUCCAUCUGCUCCGGCAAUGAGUUAGUGAUCGAGGUCCAUUUUCUGUGGUUUAGCUCCGAGUCUCUGGCAAAUCAGCUCCGAGUCUCUGAUGGGAAUCUGAUUUUAGAAGCGGCAUGAAGCUGAAGCCACUGUGCAGGAAGGUUUAUGAUUAUGUUCGCUAUGAUCUGAAAGAGAUUGCUUUCCCUUCAUCAUUGCCUGAUUCCCCACAUAUAAAAAAGCGACGGAAACUAACUUGGAAAGAGCGAUAUUAUGUGUUGAAGGAGGCAUCAAGGCUGUAUGCUGCGAGCUGGGUACGGGAUAUUGGUCCUGAUCUCCGGCCUAAUGACUAUAAAAAGGAUGAAGAAGGCAGAGAUGAAGGUGGCGGAGUGAAGGCUGCAGGCAAAGAGAAGGAACCCUCCACAUUGGAGGAUCUUGGAUGCAGGAGAAGCGGAUAUUACAUAAAGAGAAGCGGUUGCAGUGGCCGUGAAUUUUUUUUCAUGCAUGCACAACCAUGCCAAAAUUAUAAACAUGUGCAGACUUAUCAGAAGGAGGCUCAUGGCCAUUUGGAUCUAUUACUUGAUCGAGAUUGGGAGUGGACUCAUGGUUGCUUGGAGCUAUUACCGGUUCUAACUCUCUUGGUGCCUCAGCUGUGGCUGCUAGAGGAGGAAUGGAGACACUCAGGCCUGCUUUGCAGCGGGUGUACAUGACAAGAGCUUCUGCUUAUAGAGAUGCUCUCAAAAGUUUCAUUGGAGGGUAUCAGGAAGGUGUACAAGAAGUAAUGAAGAAGAAAGAAGAUUUCAGCUCCGAGCAGGAAGAUGAUGACGGUCCCCAAAAACCAACUCUCUAAUUAGAGGCAGUUUUGACGAGAUACAGGUUGUACAGCUUUUCCAUAUUGCAGUUUGUUUGUAAAGAAUGCUGACAUGAUUGAUUUUCUUUUAGGGAACUUUUAGGAGUGUUUUGUAUGUAUAUUUUUCCUUUUAGACAUACUACAAUCAUGCGACUUGCCAUUGCUUGAACUUAUUUCACAAAUAAGUUGAUUUGCGCUUGACGCAGUUGGUUU